AUAAUGCCUUCUAUUUUAUUAUGUUGGCCCACAGUGUCCAAGGUGAGUGCUGGUGGGUUCAGCAGCAGAGGACGAACCUUCCUGCAGCGUCUGAUGCGCAGACUCAGAUGCGAACAAUCAAAAUCAUUUAUUAUAAGUUCUCACAUCACUUAUGUACCUUCACAAGUUUUCUUUUUCUAGCUUUCCCAUCUUUCCCAUCCACCUUUACACGUCAACACAGCAUUCUACAAACACUCUUCAACUGUUCAUGCAGGCACUUAUCCAAUCAGAGCCAUGAGAUGUUCUUUCUUCUUCUAGAGGUGUCCUUGGUUCUCAUACUGCUUAUCUUGCUCCACAGCUGCUGCUCCGAACAGUUUUUCUGGUAUUCCCACACCUUCCCACCAAUAUUACAUGUUGUUGCCAUGUGCCUAUGAAGCAGAGGUGUGUAACUGAAUUCCUCCAUGCAGAAAUAAGCCUGCACACGCUGACAUUCCUAAGCUCAAUAAUUAUUUAUGGACACUAAGCAGCGGAUGUGAGCACUGUAAGUCAGCAAGUGGAGUUUCAGCAGUGGCAACGACACUUAGGCCACCUCCACUGGUGCAGAUUUUUACAGACGUGGCACUCAGGAUCUUGUCAACUGCUAGCAAAAAUGCACAACUACUGGUGGGGACUAUGCUGACAACCAAUGUUCUGCAGCAGAGAAUUUGCUCUAUCAAACAGUGUUACUGUGCUCUUUGUAUCCUUUUUGUGCUGGGGGCCCCGUGCCUGGAUGCAGCACUCCAAGUGGGGCCUCAGGAGGGCACGGCAGUGGGUUCAGUUCCCCCCUCCCUCCUUUGGUGCAGCCCAAGGGCUUCCGGGGAGAGGAGGUAUCUUUAGAAAGAACGAAACAAACAAACAAAACCAGUUAUGCCAUCUUCUGAAGACACAAAAAUCGCAAUAAAACAGAUCUUACUACAAGAGACUGUUCUGCACAGUACGUUCUUAACUGUUUCCUAAUCAGCGGCUAUCACAGCUGACACGGCGCUCCCCCAGGCCGUGCCCGCACACCCCGGGCGGAAAGGCCCGCCCGCUGCUAACUAACAUGGCUGCCACGGCGGCCGUGAAGAUUGGAAUUAUUGGUGGAACUGGCCUGGACGAUCCAGAUAUCUUAGAAGAAAGAACAGAAAAAUAUGUUGAUACUCCCUAUGGCAAGCCAUCAGAUGCCUUGAUAUUGGGAAAGAUAAAAAAUGUGGACUGUGUGCUGUUGGCAAGACAUGGAAGGCAUCAUACAAUUAUGCCAUCAAAUAUAAAUUACCGUGCCAAUAUCUGGGCAUUAAAAGAAGAGAACUGUUCACAUAUUCUAGUGACUACUGCCUGUGGUUCAUUACGAGAAGAAAUACAACCUGGGGAUCUUGUCAUAAUUGACCAAUUCAUUGAUAGGACAAAUAAAAGGCAUUGUACUUUAUAUGAUGGUCAAUCUUGCAGUCUCUCGGGAGUGUGUCAUAUUCCAAUGUCAGAGCCAUUCUGCACUAAAACCAGAGAGGUUCUUAUUGAGAUUGCAAAGAAACUUGGGCUCCAGUGUCACUCCAAGGGGACAAUGAUCACCAUUGAAGGACCACGUUUCAGUUCUCGAGCAGAAAGCUUGAUGUUUCGCAGCUGGGGAGCGGAUGUUAUCAACAUGACCACAGUGCCUGAAGUGAUUCUUGCAAAAGAAGCUGGAAUGAGUUAUGCAAGUAUUGCUAUGGCAACAGAUUAUGACUGCUGGAAGGAGCAUGAAGAAGCAGUUUCAGUGGAUAAAGUUUUAAAGACGCUGAAAGAAAAUGCAAAUAAGGCUACUAGCAUACUCCUGAGUGCUAUACCUCAGAUAGGUUCCAUGGAAUGGACAGACACCCUGCACACCCUGAAAAUGACUGUGCAGUGUUCAGUCAUUCUGCCAAAGCAGUAGCCGCCUGGAUGGACUCUGAAUUUUGGAUCAUCACUGGAAGAGUGAGCUGUUUUUGAAUUUUCUGACCUUAUAUAUCUGAAAACUGCUCAAAGCUUGUUAGACUGGUGUAAGCCUUAACCAAUAAUAGUGUGUAAGUCAGCUUUUUAAAUGGCUGAAGUUAGAUUUUAAGUAUGUUUUUAGCCUGGAAUUGCGUUUUUCUAUCUGACUUUGUGGGACAGAAGAAAGCAGAUUCAUUCACAUGUACAUUAGUUGCUUGGUUGUUUCAGCCUCUUACUGUUUCCUUUAACAAUGGCAGUAGUUGUCAUUCAUUUCAGAAAUGAGCUGGAAAAAUUGAGUGUAACAUUACAAAAUAAACUAUUUUUAUACAUUAUCCAUGUUUUUAUUUCAGUAUUUUUUUAAUAAGUAACUUUUUUCAGUAGUGUGCUAGAAGGAAUAGUUAAAUAAUCGUUGUUCUUUAUAGCAGCAGCUAAGUAAUGAGUAGUUAAAAUGUUAGCAAAUGCCUGAGCCAAGUUUGUUUCCGGAGAUGUACUUACGUGACUUAAAGAAGUACGUGAAAAUAUCUUCUCUGCCACACCUCUGCACUGUGCUGGUUGCUGCUGCUUCAGGACAGCUCUGUCCAGAGUUUCUGUUUCAAAUGAUGAAUGUAUUGAGUGCUUUGAAUGUAUGUAUUCAUUAACACAGUGAUGCUUUUUCUUGUUUAAAAAAUAAAACAAAUGAAACCUA